CGUAAUUAGAAUCCAAACUCAAGUUUGCUGCAGACAGUCCAGACUCCAGAUUUUCAAUAUACACCACCUCAGAGAGGGGCAAAAUGGUAACAUCAUCUUAGCCACCGAUUCGCACUAUCUUUAUUACUCGACGCAAAAAUCGCCUACACUCCACGAACACGCGCCCGAGUCCAACAUUUCACCGCUGCCGCUUCUUUACUCUUUCACUCAUGGCGGAGCAGAAUCCAUUGAACCCACCAAAUCCAGGCCACGACUCCCUCGUCGACGGCAAUGUCCUGGCCGCCAAAUCCUUCGCCCGGUGCGGCGUCAAGCACAUGUUCGGCGUCGUCGGCAUCCCGGUCACCUCCUUCGCCAAUCGCGCCGUCUCAUUCGGAGUCCGCUUCUUCGCCUUCCACAACGAGCAGUCGGCUGGCUACGCCGCCUCCGCCUACGGCUACCUCACCGGCCGCCCGGGCUUGCUGCUCACGGUUUCCGGCCCAGGUUGCGUCCACGGACUGGCCGGUUUGUCGAACGCCAUGGCCAAUACGUGGCCCAUGGUUAUGAUCUCCGGCUCUUGCGACCAGAGCGACGCCGGCAGGGGAGAUUUUCAGGAGCUCGAUCAAUUGGAAGCUGUGAAGCCCUUCUCCAAGUUCUCGGUAAGAGCGAAGGAUAUAAAAGACAUACCUAAUUGUGUUGUUCAGGUGCUCGAUUGGGCUGUUUCCGGCCGCCCCGGUGGCUGCUACUUGGAUCUCCCAACCGAUGUGCUUCACCAGACUUUGACGGAAUCGGAGGCCGAGGAAUUGUUGGCUUCUGCGAUAGAUGGCGCCGACAGGAAAUUGAUUGGAACAGAGAUUGCAAGGUCAGAAAUUGAAAGAGCAGCGGAGUUGUUGAAAAAAGCCGAGCGGCCGUUAAUUGUGUUUGGUAAAGGCGCGGCUUACGCAAGAGCGGAGACCGAGCUGAAGAAGCUGGUCGAGAGGACUGGAAUCCCGUUCCUGCCGACGCCGAUGGGAAAAGGUUUGCUCCCAGAUACGCACGAGCUUGCAGCAAGUGCGGCGAGGUCGCUCGCAAUCGGGAAAUGCGACGUUGCGCUCGUGGUUGGGGCGAGGCUCAACUGGUUGCUGCAUUUCGGGGAACCGCCCAAAUGGUCCAAGGAUGUGAAGUUCAUAUUGGUCGAUGUGUCUAAGGACGAGAUUGAGUUAAGAAAGCCCCACGUAGGUGUAGUUGGGGAUGCCAAAAGGGCACUGGAGUUGCUCAAUGUGCAGAUCAAAGACGACCCUUUCUGCUUCGCGAGGAAUCAUCCGUGGGUGGAAGGGAUAUCCAAGAAGGCGAAGGAUAAUGUGUCGAGGAUGGAGGCUCAGCUGGCGAAGGAUGUGGUGCCGUUCAAUUUCUUGACGCCGAUGAGGAUUAUCAGAGAUGCAAUUUCGGGUAUGGGGAGUCCUGCUCCGAUUGUGGUUUCGGAAGGUGCUAAUACAAUGGAUGUGGGGAGAUCAGUGUUGGUUCAGAGUGAGCCAAGGACUCGAUUGGAUGCCGGGACUUGGGGGACAAUGGGAGUUGGGUUGGGUUAUUGCAUUGCUGCUGCAGUUGCUGAGCCUGAUCGGCUUGUGGUUGCAGUUGAAGGUGACUCCGGAUUUGGGUUCAGUGCUAUGGAAGUUGAGCAGACAUUGGUACGCUACCAGUUGCCUGUGGUGGUGAUAGUUUUCAACAACGGCGGUGUAUAUGGAGGAGACAGGAGAAGCCCUGAUGAAAUAAAAGGCCCCUUCAAAGAUGACCCGGCACCCACUUCCUUUGUCCCUGGAGCCGCCUAUCAUCUUCUAAUUGAAGCCUUUGGGGGCAAAGGUUAUCUUGUUGGAACCCCUGAUGAACUCCGGUCUGCACUCACAGAAUCUUUCUCUGCAAGAAAACCUGCAGUUAUCAAUGUCACAAUAGAUCCUUUUGCCGGUGCGGAAAGUGGGAGGAUGCAGCACAAGAACUAAGGUUCUUUUGUUUGUACGCAGUUUGGUGUUUCCGGGCGGUAUGCCAACUAAUUUGGUGGUUCAACGUGCAAGGUGGAUGGAAUAUUAGCUUUGGUGGGUGUUUUCUGUAAGGUUUCUAAAUACGCCCUUACUCCUUACGUUCGAAAGAUUGAUUCCUUGUUACACACAGCUGAACUCGUCUUCUUUGUCUUCUCCUCUCUCCGAGUUUACAAGUAACAGGAUCGUCGGGGAUAAUAUGUGUUUUGUUAUUUGAAUGUAACCAUGUUCGGGAUUAGAUUAUUUUUCACAGCAUUGGCGUGUAUUCACUAUUUUUAGAAGAGCCUUGGUCUGGUUUGCUGCCUAUCAGAGCUCAUGAGAGCUAAUAGAAGCUUGUUGGAUCUUUGAGAGGUGUCCAAGUUAGCUCAUGAUAUCUUAAUGGAGCUAAAUGGAGCUUGUUGUAAGCUAAAAAGACUAGGGUCGUUUAGUGGGGGCAUUGUAUUAUAUCAUGAGUGUAUUUUGUAGUCUCUAUGGUGAUACGCGAUCUAGGGCGGUUAGUGUAUUGACUAUGAAGAAUGUUCUCGCUAGGUGUGGAGGUUCGGUUUCCUGUUAUCGGUUAACCGUUGGUUUUAACUGAAACCGACAUAUCUCCACCCCUAGUUCUCGCCAUGAUACUCAAAAUCAUUCGAUUUGUUUGGAUAUUACGCCUGCUGCUAUUUGUCGUGUGUUUUGCAACUCUGCAACUGUUUCUCACUGUUUAAAAGUUUUUUAUGGGUG